AUGUUAGCUGUGGGGCCUAUGGAGGGCACCCGGCAGAGCGCGUUCCUGCUGAGCAGCCCACCCCUGGCUGCCCUGCACAGCAUGGCUGAGAUGAAGACCCCACUGUACCCGACAGCCUAUCCCCCGCUCCCGACCGGGCCCCCGGCUUCCUCUUCCCCUUCUUCCUCCUCGUCGUCUUCGUCGUCCUCCUCGCCCUCCCCACCUUUGGGUGCCCAUAACCCCGCCGGCCUCAAACCCCCGACCUCAGGGGGACUCUCGUCUCUGGGCAGCGCCCCCCAGCAGCUCUCGGCUGCCACCCCGCACGGCAUCAACGACAUCCUGAGCAGGCCCUCUAUGCCCCUAACCUCCGGGGCCUCUUUGCCCUCCGCCUCGCCCUCCGGCUCCUCCUCUUCUUCCUCCUCUUCUGCCUCCUCUUCUGCCUCCUCUGCCUCCUCCUCUGCCUCCUCUUCCUCAGCCGCGGCCGCCGCUGCCGCCGCCGCCGCAGCCGCAGCCGCCUCUUCCCCGGCUGGGCUCCUGGCUGGCCUGCCUCGCUUCAGUAGCCUCAGCCCCCCGCCGCCUCCCCCUGGCCUUUACUUCAGCCCCAGUGCCGCCGCAGUGGCAGCUGUUGGCAGGUACCCCAAGCCCCUGGCGGAACUGCCUGGCCGUACCCCCAUCUUCUGGCCUGGGGUGAUGCAGAGUCCUCCAUGGAGAGAUGCUCGGUUGGCUUGUACCCCUCAUCAAAGUUCGAUUUUGCUGGACAAAGAUGGGAAGAGGAAACAUACGAGACCUACAUUCUCAGGACAGCAGAUCUUCGCCCUGGAAAAGACUUUUGAACAAACGAAGUACUUGGCGGGACCCGAAAGAGCGAGGCUGGCUUAUUCUCUGGGGAUGACAGAGAGUCAAGUCAAG